UUGUACGAUUACUCAAAGUGCAAAUAAAGCUAUAAACUUCUGAAGAUUAACAGGCGCUUAGCUUCCUGCUUACCUAAUCAGAGAGGCCGGAAGCCAGCGGGAAAGACACUUCAGACCUUCGACCUUUUGCAGCUUCCCUCUCCAAGCUUCAAAAGCUCUUCUUCUUCCACGCCUCUAGUACUCCCAGAGUUCAGUAGGCUAUGGCUGCAAAUCAUGUUAUUUUGUUUUAAUUAAUUUAUUAUUUGUUCGUAGUAUGUUGUAAAAUUUCAGGGCCUCCUAUUAAGUUUGGAAUAGGGUCCUCAAAUUCUCAGGACCGGGCCUGCUAGCUGCUAAAUUGCAUCAAGCGCUGGUUCGGUUUGACUAUCAUCUCGAUCAUGUUUUGAUAUUCAUUUCUCUUCCCUUUUCUGGACAACUCCUGACAUUUCCACAUCUAUACUAGGCGAAACUUCAAUAUGUUCAUGGAGUUCUGGAGAAGGCAUAAGAAGAAAGUUUAUGUUACCUUUGGAGUUGUAAGUAGUGGGUUUCUAUUGUAUAAGCUCUAUGCUGGGCACAGGCGACACAUAUCUGAACUAAAGAAGGAACUCGAAGCUGAUAAGAAAAAUGAUGAACUUGUUAGGGCUCAGUUGAAAGAACAUUUCGAGAACAUUCAAGUGGUAGCAAAUUCUACAACAUUGCCUCACGUAAUGCAGUAUUUAAGCACUAGAAUAGCAGAAGAGUUGGAUCUCAUGCACGUGACUGAGAAGUUAAUGAAAGGAAAGGACCAGCCAAAUACCCUAACAGUUGCAGAGAAGCUCGAGCUAUGGGAAAGACUAAAAAUCUUGAGUUUCACAAGAAUGGUGUUAUCUCUCUGGUCUAUGACAACACUAAACCUGUAUAUUAGAGUUCAAGUCAACAUAUUAGGAAGGCAUCUUUAUAUUGAUACUGCACGUGGCUUUGGAAGUUCCUACCGACUUGAGGAGGCUGAUAUAAUUUACAGAGAUGACCAGCAACUGUUUUUGUCCAGUGCCGAUUAUCUCGUCAAUUAUGGUCUAACUACCUUAAUUUUAAAUUUUGAGGCUGCAACUUCGGAAGUCAUUAAAAGUAUACAGCUGAAGGAUGUAUUCAGCUCUACUGUCCUUCAUGAUACCAUUGAGCAGAUAUUGGAUUGUUUUAUGAGCAAGGGAAGCCCUCAUAAUUGGCUGGACUAUUUAAUUCCAGAGGACCCUAAGACAUACAGUCUAUCUACAGCUUCUCUUCACAGUGAAAGAACAAACCCGUCUCAUCCUUCUAAUUUUGAGCAACUCAUGCUCGAGACCCGUGCUGUAUUAUCUAGUGCUGAAUUUGGGAAUAUUGUAGACGUAUCGCUAAAGGCAGCGGUUGAUGCAAUGGUUGAAAACAUGCAAACACUAUAUGAAGAAACUAAUUUGAUGGUAGGGAUUCCAUUAGCUAAACUUCUGCCAAGGCUGUCUUACCUGGGUGAGCAGUUACUUGAAGAACCCAACAGGAACAGGUAUUUCCAAGUCAUCCAGAACUUACCUGAAGUUCAAUUAUUUUUCACUGUGCUAUAUUCAAGCACCCCAGUCUCAUAGUAUAGGAGAAAGUCUUUCUUUUUACAUUUACUCAGCAGUCUUUGGAUGUUAAGAAUUAUACAUGGCAGUUGACGGCCAUUUUAAUCAUUUAAAGAUGAACUAAUGGAGGUAUAAACACAAAUGGAGGUUGAU